AUGUGGCGUCCAGCUGAAGUGAACGCUAAUAUCGGCACCCCACCGCAUAAAGUAUCUUCAAUACCCGGUUUGGACGCGGGAUUGGCUCCACUAUGUGCAACAAUGUGGGCCGGUGGUUUGUGUCCAACAAGGGACGUGACAUUGUGGGGAUUCGGUGAUGGUGAUGGUGUGGGUGGGGAACAGCAGUUGCGUAACGUACAGCAGCACAGCGGUCCUUCUCCCUGUGCUGUAAAGGAAGGAGACGAAGUGUUGAUGUAUGCUCGUCCGCUUCCUUCAACUGCGAAUGAAGAAGAGGAUGAAGAUGGUGCCGUAAGAUUCGCUCAGUGGUGCACUCCCAUAGAGCGGAAACACGCCUCUGAUGCCGGAGACUCCAGUCAGUGUAGCAUGACCGGUCAUAAGGCACGUGCAGCGCUGGCGAUGAAACGACACCACGGCGACCCCGGUGCUCCGACAAAAUUACCCGAAAGUAGGGCAUGUAUUUUUAGUGAUGCUGAUGAACUUACUGUUCCGUUUGCUAAGCGGUAUCGGUCUUUUCAGUUGCAGGGUGUGGAUGAUGGUGACUCUAACAAGGUGAACGGCAGUAGCGUGCUAACUCCCUGUGAUUCGUCUAAUCUAUCCCACAUUACGCCACUGGAUGAGGGUGGAGAGUCGAUUGACCUUGCGAACCACAUGUCAGGUCUCAUAUUAGCGGCAUCCCCAACCCCAAAGAAACUGGAUUUUGUCACUCCUCUUGAAGAUGGUGAAGUGCACACGGGGGACAAUGGCACAUUUAAUGCUCAGGAUGGGGAAAAUAGGCCACUCAGCGCAUGUAGCAGCACCCAUCGCCCCCUUCGGGGGAAGAGAUUUCUUGACGAUUUGGACCCGAACGUGGGAGUUGCAACAUCCCACUUAUCAACCUGUAAGUCAAUCAGAGAAGGCUGCCGAAAGUGCCGGCGGGUGGAUGCACCGGAGGGUUGUGGGGAGGAAAAACGGCAGCGCACAACCGAUUCAGUGCGAAUGUAG